AUAUAUAAUUCAGAUUUAAAAUGCGUGAUAGUAAUAGUUGUUGAUUACCAAAAUUUCCAGCCAACAAUUUAUUAAUGCCGAAAAUUGUAGUAGAUCUGUGAUUUCAUCAAAAAUGGCUUUUGGUUUAAUUCAAAUUCCCCAUGACAAAAAUGAUGGAAAGCAGUUGACUCAAUAUUUGGCAGUUAUUAGUGCAUCUUUCGCUGUCUUCACUGUUGGCAUAUACCAAGGAUGGAGCAGUCCUUCUUUGAUAAAAAUUUUCUCAGAUGAAUAUCCCAUAGACGUAACAGAUGAAGAAGCCUCUUAUAUUACAAUCAUUGGGAACAUUGGGCAUGUUUUUGCUGGAUUUCUAGCAUCAUAUUUAUCUGAUAGAAUUGGGAGGAAGAGCACUAUGCUGGCAAUAGCUAUACCCCAGAUCCUCUCCUUUGGUCUCAUCUAUAUGUCAUUCUACAGCAAAACUCUCCUAUACAUCUCCAGAGUUUUGGGUGGUAUGGGCGAAGGUGCCGUCAUAGCAAUCUUGCCCUGUUACAUUGGUGAAAUUGCUGACUCCAACGUGCGAGGAACCCUUGGAGCUUUCAUUGGUGUAGUGCUCACACUUGGAAUAAUUUUCAUCAAUGUUAUUGGUUCUCUAUUGACAAUCCACGAAGUUGCAUUGGUGUGCCACAUUUUCCCAAUUAUAUUUUGGUUGACCUUCAUCGGAAUGCCAGAGAGUCCUUAUUAUUGUUUGAUGAAAGAGGAUAAAGAUGGUGCCAAACUAUCCAUACAGAUGCUUCGUAGGAAACAAAGUGUGGACAAAGAAAUUCUUCAACUAUCCUCCGAUGUCAAUCGUCAGAUGUCUGAAACAGGAACUUUUAAAGAUCUCUUUGCAAUUCAGUCAAAUUGUAAAGCCUUUUUGCUUGUGGCUGCUGCAAGAUUUUUUCAAGCUUUUAGUGGUAUUGGAGCUAUACGUUCCUACAAUCAAAUGAUAAUAGCUCAAACCACCAACUUUUCACCUCUUAUUGGAUCAACAAUAAUUCUUUCAGCAAAUUUAAUAAUGAUGCUAAUAUCUUCAUGGUAUAUUGACAAAAUUGGCAGAAAACCCAUGUUUGUUAUAUCUGCAUUUCUAACAUUUUUGAUACACUUUUCACAAGGUAUAUUUCUGACAAUCCAAGAUUAUACAUCGGUGGACUUGUCGCAGUGUUCCUGGGUACCAUUGCUGACAAUAAUAGCUUGCAAUCUUACAUUUGCUGGUGGUUUAGGACCAGGAGUGAAUGUUUUUAUUGGCGAAAUCUUCUCGACCAGCAUUAAAGCUAAAGCAAUGUCGGCUUGCAGCUUUGUAUUCGCCUUGAGUUAUAUGUCCAGCAUCAAAGUCUAUCAGUAUACAAACGACAAUGUUGGAACUGCAGUACCGUUUUAUAUUUUUGGUACUACAACGCUAAUAGGAGCUGGGUUUUUUGCAUUUGUAUUGCCGGAAACUAGGGGGAAACCUUUGGAAGUGAUACAGCAGGAAUUGAAGGGGAAUGUUGUAGAAUGGAAGGUGUGACUGGGUGGAUAGUUUUUGUACUUUUUUAUAUUGUUGGUUCUGAAUAAAUUAAUUUUUAUUUUAUUGUUGUUAAGAACUUUUGCACCAUAUCAUUAUGAAACUGAGCAUUGUGACUAUUGUGAGAAUGAUACUGUUUCAUAUCGUC